CAGCGAUGUCCGCGCGGGGCAUGGGGUUGCCCGGAGCGUAUAAAAGCCCCUGAUAAGAACCCGAGCGCCACCACCGACGGGCAAGCCGGAGUCGAGCGAGGACGGGCAGAGCGCGCAACAACGAGAGCAACAGCAGAGCCCGGCACAGCUGAACCAUCACCAUGUCCUGGGGUUACGGCAAGGACAACGGACCUGCUCACUGGCAUGAGAACUGCCCUGUUGCCAAUGGAGAACGGCAGUCUCCAAUUGACAUCCAACAUAAGGCCGCCAAGUACGAUGCCUCCCUGAAAUCCCUGAGCAUCACUUAUGACUCGUCUUCAGCCAAAAGAAUAAUCAACAAUGGGCACUCCUUCAAUGUGGAGUUUGAUGACUCUGGUGACAAAUGUGUGCUGAAAGGUGGCCCAAUUGAAGGAACUUAUAAGCUUAUCCAGUUCCACAUUCAUUGGGGAUCCUGUGAAGGCCAAGGUUCUGAACACUCUGUGGAGGGUGUGAGAUAUGAUGCAGAGCUUCAUUUGGUUCACUGGAACACAAAGUAUGGUAGUUUUGGUGAGGCUGUGAAGCAUCCUGAUGGCCUGGCAGUCGUGGGCGUGUUUUUGAAGGUCGGAAGCGCCUGUCCUGGAAUACAGAAAGUUGUUGAUGCCCUGGGCUCCAUUAAACACAAGGGCAAAGAGGCCGCCUUCACAAACUUUGAUCCCAGUGGUCUGCUUCCUGCUUCCCGUGAUUUCUGGACCUAUCCAGGAUCACUGACCACGCCUCCCUUGCUCGAAUGCGUCACCUGGAUUGUUCUGAAGGAGCCCGUAACUCUCAGCAAGGAACAGAUUAACAAAAUCCGUGGUCUGUUCUUUAAUGAUGAGAACGAGCCCCAGUGCCCCAUGGUUGACAACUGGCGCCCUUGUCAGCCCCUGAAGAGCAGACACGUUAGAGCCUCAUUCCAAUAAGCUGUGCCCAUUAAAUGUUGCUGUGUUCUUGAAGGUUUAGUUCUUUCUGCUAAGUACAAAUCAAACUAAUGCCAUACAUGCACUGGCGGCAUCUUUUCUUCUUCUUUCCUCUCCUACUGCUCUCUUUUCUUCCUAUCAUCUUCUGAAGUUCUUAAUAAUGAAAUGAAAGAAGGCCAUAAACCAGGAGGAAAGCUUAUUGAUCACAGUGUGGGUGUGUAUGCAGUGCGUAUGCUGGGAAGGGGGCAGGGGAACCGAAUCAUUGUGUGAUGUUUGAUGAGAAUUGCUGUGAUUUUGGUGCUGAUGUUGUCUAGGAUAUUUUCCUUUGGCAGCUUGUCAAGGGAUAGGAUGAUAAGCCACUGAAAAAUAAGCCAUUCUUAACAGAAAAAGUAACCUCAUAUGAGGUUACAUAUACUCACUCAAUAACUUGAAUCUUUUAUGGAAGCACAGGAAUGCAAAUCUGAUUUACAUCUGAUUUAGGAUAAUACGUUGUAUCAACAUAGGCAUUAAAAUGCAACAUUAGUAUUGAAGAUUAAAUGUCUUAGCUUUUAAAAAGUUUGGAGUGUAAAUAUUUUAAGUGUUUUGCAUUUUUAGCCAUAAAUCCGAAUCAUGUCUUAAUGUUAGCGUAUUUUAUUUUUAAUUACCAAAUGUCAACUGACCUAAAUUAAGUACUAUUGUAUGUAAAAAUUGUUGAUACCAUAGAUAUAAUACAGAGUAAUGUACCACUGAAAAAUAAUGACAUAAUUUAAAUAAGAAAUUAAUAUUGUAUUUUAGAUACAUUCUCUAAUAAAAUAUAUAUAUUUA